AUGAACAAAUACUCAGAUAAUGUACACACUACUUCUAAUAAAUUUCAUUUUGAAAAUGGUAGAAGAUUUCAUAAUGUAGAAGAUUCAACAUAUUUUUUACCAAAUGAUGAUGAAGAAUGUGAUAGAUUACAUUUUCAACAUUUCUUAGAAAGAUAUGUUUGGCAAAAUAACUUUUCCGCACCUGUUAAAGAUCUUCUUAACCAGAAAGGAGCAAUGGUUCUCGAUGUAGGAACAGGCGCAGGUUCUUGGUUAUUCGAAAUGGCAACUAAUUUUCCCAAAGCACAUUAUAUUGGAAUAGAUAUAUCACCAGUUCAACCAGGUUAUAUUAAACCUAAAAAUGUUAGAUUUAUUGAAGCAAAUGUAUUAGAAACUUUACCAUUUGAUAAUAAUAAAUUCGAUUAUAUAUUUCAACGAAUAUUAUAUGUCGGAAUUCCUGGUAAUAAAUGGUCAUCAGUGAUUAAUGAACUAGUCCGUGUAUUAAAACCUGACGGUUAUUUGGAGUUACAAGGCUUGCUUGAAAAUAAUGAACAACUUCAUAAAGUUCAUUAUGAAAUAAAGACAAAAUGUGAUAGUGAAAAUUGUGAUAAGUUAUGCAAGUUGUCUGCUGAAAAUUAUAUUACUGCCCUUGCAACUAUGAAACCCAAACUUAUGACUACAAUUGAUGUUUCUAGUAAUGAAUAUGAUGAUUUAGUUAAAACCAUGGAAAAAGAGCUAAUAGAAUUAGAAUCUUUUACUCCUCGAGUGCGUGUUUAUGCUCAAAAGAAAUUUAUCAGUGGAUGA